AUGGAGCUCGCUCCUGGCUCGCUACGCUCGAAUCUUGACGAUCGCAAGCGAAAAGUGCACAAGGGACUCGGUCCACCCAGGUACCAGCCAGGUACCAGCCAGGAAAACUCUGAUCCACCCCGGGAUAUCGGCUCUCCUUUGGCUGGGCGUGCUGGGCAAACCCACGCCGCCCAGAGAAAGCGACACAGGGACACACAAAGGAGCUCUGCAUCCGGCAUUGACCCCGGCAAAAAUCCAGGUUGA